AUGCAACUUUUCACGCCCCUCGUCGUGACCCUGUCACAAACACUGCUACUCGCUCCGUUGACGCGAGCGAUCACCAUCGAUGUAAAUGACCCAAACUCCUUCAAACAAGGCGCGGCGACCGUGGCCAGCGAUAUGAUGACGUUCUACGCCGACCGAGACAGCAAGCUGAUUCCCGGAAAGUUCGACGGAACGUGGUGGGAAGGCGGUGCUAUGUUUAUGGGGUUGAUGCAAUAUUGGCACUGGACCGGCGAUGCGACCUGGAAUGAACAAGUGAAUUCUGGUAUGGUCUGGCAAGCUGGCCCGAAUGGGGAUUUCUUUACAUCCAACUAUAGUAGUUAUUUGGGCAAUGACGACCAAGCCUUUUGGGGCCUGGCUGCCAUCACAGCCGCAGAACUCAACUAUCCGGCAGUUGCCGAUGCCCCAUCUUGGUUGAGUAUGGCACAAGCUGUAUUCAACGAGCAGGCUAGCCGGUGGGAUGAUACUACGUGCAAGGGCGGGUUGCGCUGGCAGAUUUAUCCCAUUCAGUCCGGCUACAGGAUCAAAAACGCGAUUUCCAACGGUGCGCUGUUCCAGAUCGCUGCACGACUAGCUCGGUAUACUGGAAAUCAAACAUACUCAGAUUGGGCUGAAAAGAUCUGGGAUUGGAGCGCAACGACUCCGUUGCUGAACACGUCGGAAUGGCAUAUUGCAGAUACCACGACGCCGGCUACGGACUGCACCGACCACGGGGAUAUUCAGUGGACUUAUAAUUACGGCACCUAUCUUAUGGGUGCGGCAUAUAUGUAUAACUUUACAAAUGCUGGGACUAAAUGGAAAAACGGGGUCGACGGUCUCCUGGCCAAAACCAUUUCACUAUUCUUCCCCAGCGAGUACGGUGGAAAAGUCAUGUCCGAGGUCGCGUGCGAAUCGAUUGAUACGUGCGAUCGCAAUCAAAUCUGCUUCAAGGGGUUUCUCUCAGCGUGGCUCGCCACCACUACACAAUUGGUACCAUACACUCUGGGAGAAAUCAAACCAUUGCUACAAGGCUCAGCCGUGGCUGCAGGCAAGCAGUGCACCGGUCUCAGCGACGACGCGCAUUGCGGAAUCCAAUGGUAUAACCCGACCUGGGAUCGCUCGUCAGGAAUCGAACAGCAAAUGGCCGUUCUCGGCAUCUUCUCAAAUAACCUGGUGUUUUUCGAUGGUAGCAGCAGCUCGCCUAAUUCGAACUACACAGCCCCGAAGCAACCGGCGCCACUUACUGCUGGCUCGGGUGGUAACAGCACGAGCAACCCCGGCGCAGGCGCAAGUGAAGCACCUUUCGACCCGAAUGCCGGGUUGAUGAACAUUGGGACUGCAGACCGCGCAGGCGCAGGUGUUCUCACCGGCGUGUUUGGUUUGGCAUGGAUUGGGAUGCUGAUAUGGAUAGCCAAGGAUGUUGGUGAAUAG